UCGCCUCUUACUCGUUUUACUGUGGACUGCGGACUGGAUUCAAACUUGCGUUGAAACACUGUGGCGCUUAUGAAAGACUGGACACAGUUUUUUAAUUCUUGUUUCUUAACUUGUUCCCCAGAGGCGUGUCAAUGACGAUAGCACGCAUGCGCCGCUCAUUAAACUGGCCACCCGCUCCUAAUUGAGCAUCCCGUCCGAGAAAGUUUGGUCGCCACUCUAUCAGUGAAGACGCGCAGCUAAGUUUUACUUUAAGAAGUUGGUAAAAAGAAAGCUAUUUUCAGGAGCAAGCUGACCAAUUCUGUAGCAGUGGAAUCGGUUCCUCUCCAGCACUGCACGUCAUUCUUUGAGUAACUCUGUUGAACCUGGGGGGGAAGGGAAGCAUUGUCUGGGGUCCUGGAAGUGGGCUUGUUGCUGCACACUUUGAGCAUACAGCCGAGAACAUCGUCCUGUCCUCGAAGACUGGUGCUCUAGUUUUCUUUGAGGUCCGUAGCCAUCCAGAGCAGAGAUGCCGGUAGCGUUGGGAGGUCCUGUGGGAUACACGCCUCCGGAGGGGGGCUGGGGGUGGGCCGUGGUGGUCGGAGCCUUCAUUUCUAUCGGCUUCUCCUACGCCUUCUCCAAGUCCAUCACGGUUUUCUUCAAGGAGAUCGAGGUGAUAUUCGACGCCACCAGCAGCCAGGUGUCCUGGAUCUCUUCGAUCAUGCUGGCGGUGAUGUAUGGUGGAGGUCCCAUAAGCAGUAUCCUGGUGAACAAGUAUGGUAGCCGUCCUGUCAUGAUGGCUGGGGGCUGCCUGUCCGGCGCGGGUUUGGUGGCAGCCUCGUUUUGCAACACCGUGGGAGGGCUCUACUUCUGCGUGGGAGUCAUAGGAGGUUUGGGAUUAGCUUUCAACCUGAACCCAGCUCUGACCAUGAUCGGCAAGUAUUUUUACAAGAGGCGUCCUAUCGCCAACGGCAUAGCCAUGGCGGGCAGUCCCGUGUUUCUGUCCAUUCUCUCUCCCCUCAACCGAUGGUUAUUCGACACGUUUGGCUGGAGGGGGAGCUUUCUCAUCCUGGGGAGCUUGCUGCUGAACUGUUGCGUGGCUGGAUCCCUCAUGAGACCCAUCGGCCCCAAGCCAAAAACAGCCAAGCAAGUAGAAGCCAUGGAUGUCGCGCAGGAAUCGGGGAAAGCUGGAGAAGCAGACGCAGACCUCCUGUCGGGGAAGCCAAAAGAGAAAUUAACAUUGUACCAGAAGAUGAACAGCUUCAUCGAUCUCACCUUGUUCACCCACCGAGGCUUCUUGCUCUACCUGCUGGGCAAUGUCACCAUGUUUUUUGGUCUCUUCUCUCCGCUGAUCUACCUCAGCAAUUACGCCAAGAGCAAACAUGUGGAUAAGGAGCGAGCGGCCUUCCUGCUGUCCAUUUUGGCCUUUGUGGACAUGUUUGCCAGGCCGUCCAUGGGUCUUUUAGCCAAUACCAAGUGGGUACGGCCCCGGGUUCAGUAUUUCUUUGCCGUUUCCAUCUUGUACAAUGGAGUGUGCCAUCUUUUAGCCCCCCACAUCACGACCGGUUUCGUGGGAUUCGUCAUCUACGCCAUCAUCUUUGGGUUUGCUUUUGGCUGGUUGAGCUCCGUUUUGUUUGAAACCUUGAUGGAUCUGGUCGGAGCCCAGAGGUUCUCCAGUGCUGUCGGGCUGGUCACUAUUGUGGAAUGUGGCCCUGUAUUGUUGGGACCUCCACUGCUUGGCUAUCUGCACGACAUCUACGAUGACUAUGCUUACACUUACUACGCCUGUGGAGGGAUCCUAGUCGUCGCCAGCGUGUUCCUGUUUGUGGGAAUGGGCAUCAACUACAGGCUGCUGGACAAGGAGCGGAAAGCCGAGUUAGAGAAAGAGAAGCAGGAGGCCAGGGAGGAAGAAACGAACACUGAUGGUGCCAUCAAAGUAACAGCCAUCAAUGACGCCCAGCCUACACGAAGUGGAGACGAUUCGAAAACGGAGGAGGAGAACAGCGUGUGAUAAAGGAAACUGUUCAGCAGAGGCAAUCUUCCUUUUAGACAGCCACUGUGUGUUUUGUUGUAGUUUUUUUAGGUGAAACUUGUAAAGCUAGUGCCUUUUUAAAAAUUUUAAAAAAAGUUCAGUGGGGGCAUUUGUAUAAAUGAGAAGCAAUGAUGUAAUGCCUUCCCCACUCCGUCACUUCUCUGGGGGAAUGUUCUUUCACAUACACUGCUAGAAGCUAUGAUUAUUCCAUAUCAAAUGAUGUGGUCUUUGGGGCAACAACUGGUCAUUUCAAGUUGACAUGGGUGCAUUCCAUGUUGCACAUUGCAGACCCUUUCAGGACCAAAUAAAUGAACAUUGCAUUAACUAUAGCCUACUGUAAAGUUGUUUUUAGAUUUUUUUUUAUUUUUUAUAAAUGAAAUGCUGAUUGGUCAAAGCCUGGUCCCUAAAGGGUUAAGCGCUUGGCCUCCUGAAAUGUCUGACCUUCCUUGUGUAGCACACACUUUUUAGAUGGUGCUUCCCCAGGCUUGGAUUUUCAAGGUGCUCUGAUACACACGUGUGGCCCUUUUUUUUUUUUUACUGGGGUCAUCAUAGCUUGCAGAUGGACCUUUUUUAAACUAGAUCCUUUCUCGCUCAAUUAAACUGACGAUCGCUACACCCUUACUGGAAACUCCAGCAUCGGCAUAUACAAUAAGCAUCUUUUUAAAGUUUAUGAAGGCAUGUUUUUAAAUGUUUUAUAAAUAUGAUCUUGUUGGUAGUGAAAUGGUAUCCCUGUUCUGCAACUGAGAAACGCUGUGGUACUAACUAGAAUAUUAAAUCUGUGAUAGAGCCUUUUAUUUUGAGGACAACAAACACGUAAUGGUACUUCCAACCCCCAAGAUGAAAUGUGUUGCUAAUGUGUGUGUCCCCAUCUGACACAUAGGUAGUAUCUUAACUGUGUGCGUCUGAAUUGUAUUACAUUGCUUGCAAGAGAAGCACACUAUGUUUUCAGAGGCACAGAUAGAUCAUUUCCAAUGUAACCAUCAGGUUGUGAUCUGCAAUUUUGGAAUUACUUUGUCAUUUAUUUUUAAUUAAAAUGUCAAUUUUUUUUUUAUAUAGGCAUAUGUUGGUGUUUUUUCUUUUAAUUGCAUGCAUUGGCUUCUGUUGGUGCAAUAUUUUGCAAACAAAUUACUUUGUACAUGUGUAUUACCAAGUUGUAAAGAAAAUGUAAAGUGUUAUCAUUCAUUUGUAAUAGGAAAUGAAUGACCGAAGUGUCAAUUUCUUCUCUGAUCUUGACCCGUGAAAGGUAUAGCUUGACCCCUGAAUCUCUAGUGCUCUGACCGUUACUUUUUUGAAAGUUGCGCAGUCGGCUGCAAGGUCUGUGCAGGCAGCUGCUUGUGAUGUCAUGCAGGUUGCUGUAACGAGACCCUGCGCAGAUCUGCAAGAAUCUGCCUGACCUGGAAUAACUUGACCCCUGACCUUUCAUCUGUGUUGGUUCCACCUGCUGUACUGUGCAGUGUAGUAAGAGCCAGCAGUUCAAAGGUCUUUCAUGCCUUUCCUAGCACAGACAAAGAUCAGAUACAUGCAUUCUUCUAGUGUGCACAAGACAGACGGGGACCGCUGGAUUAAAUGUUGGAGCAACAGAACUAGGAACCAUUAUCUAUGUUGUGUGUCUCUUAACAGAGCACAGAGAUUGGGGCUGAAUAAAUGAUGAUGCUUAUAGAAUAGGACUGACUGCAAAAUGGGGAGAAGUUUUUGUAAUUUUUUUUUCACCCAUGUAAAAUGUAUAUCUGUUUUUCUUUGGUUGCUCCUCACCUUGUUCCUGUCCAAGCUACACGAUCAGAUUCCCUUCCAUUGCUGUGAAGUAAAUGCUGAAUGAAUUUGUCCUGUUGUGAAUUCAGAUAAAUCGAUUUAAAUAUGUCGCAAACCUUUGUACCCUAAAGCCUUCCUUUUUUUUUAUGAAUUCCUUUUAAUUCCAGUUUGAGAUUUCCAUCUAGCAGACAAAUCUUGGUGGUCUUGGAUUUUUUGGAGGGGAAUUACGAAUCAGUCCAAUUUGUGUGUUCCAAAACACAUUUGGCCUUGUUUGUAAAAUAAACACUAAAUAAAAAUUAAAAUGCC